AUGAGCAGCGCGGAGCCGCCGCUCGGCGCCGGGCCGCGGGCAGCGCCCGCCUGGCAGCGCGAGAUCCUGGAGCGCAAGCGGGCCAAGCUGGCCGGGGCGGGCGGCGAGCCCGAGCCCCCGGCCGGAGAGCGGCUGGUGGUGGCGGAGAGCCUGGGCCCGCUCCGCGAGAACCCCUUCAUGCGGCUGGAGAGCGAGCGGCGCCGGCUGCGGCAGGGGCGGCCCGGGCCCGGCGGCGCGGCGCGGCCCCUGCAGCAGCUGCUGGAGCUGUACAGCGCCGUGCCCGGCAUCCGCACCAUCCGCGCCGACAACAUCCUCAUCAUCGAGUCCCGCGCCGACCCCGCCGCCUGCUUCUCCUCGGGGGAUGCGCCGCCCGCCCGCCGCCGGGACCCGGCCGGCGCCGACCCGCUGCGGGAGCUGCUGGCCCGGCGCGGCGCCGCGCUCGCCGAGAUCCGCGCCGACCAGGUCGUCAUCUACGAGACGGCCGAGCCGCCGGAGCCGCCCGAGGCGGCCGAGCCGGGCACCGUCAGCCGCCUCCUGGAAAAGUUCGGGCAGCGGCCGCGGGGCCGCCGUCGCCGCGUUGGGGACGCGCUGACCGGGACCGGCGGGGUCGCGGCUCCGCCGCAGGUGGGACCGGGCGCUUCUCGGGCCGCGCCGCCCGCUCCGCCCGCGGGGCCCGGCUCCCCCCGCGCCCCUGCGCCCCUCCAGAAGGGACCCGGCUUCCCCCGGGCUGCGGCGCCAAAGCCGGGACCGGCAUCUCCGCCGGCGGUCCCGACCACUCCUCCGCCGCUCCCGGCUCCCCCGCGAGCUGCCACCCCCCCAGCGGUGCCGGUGGCCCCCCAGCCCACGGUCCUGCAGCCGGCCUCCCCCCGGGCUGUCACCCCUCCGCCCGUGGCCUCCCCCCGGGCUGCGGUCCCAGCUGCCCCCAAGGCUGCGACCCCUCAGGCCAACUGCUUUGUCCACAAGAUCAGCUCCAACUCCUUCACGGUCACACCCCGGGGGCAGCCCCCCAGCUCCCGCAUCCCCGAGCCCGGUGUUGUCCCCGCCGGCCGCCCCGCAACGCCCAAGGGGCCACCAGUGCCAUCCACCAGCCCUUCCCAUGCCAGAGCUAACGCCAGGAGGCCAAAGCCGGAGGAGGCCGAAGUGGCCGUGUCGCCCCUGCCCAGUGCCAGUCCGGCCCCCAGUGCCACCGGCGCCGUUCGGCCGCUCUCCGCCUCAGCCCCUCGGGCCGGGGGCUCCUUCGAAAUCCACCCGGCCCCCAAGCCCGACUUGGCGGCCAUUCCAGCCCACGACCUGCAGGCACAGGCUCUGGCCAAGCUGCGCCUCAAUUCACGCAAUUCCUUCGUCUUCGUGCCCCGCCGCGAGGGCAGCCCAGCUCGGCCGCCGGCCCAGAUUGCCAGGCCAGGGCCACCGCCACCGCCCUUGGAGGAGAAGGCACCCAAGGAGCCCCCGAGGGCUUCCGCCCCGGAGCAGGAAGAGUCCAUCACUUCCCCAGUGGCGCCUCUGGAUCCCUUGGUACCUGUGACUUACAUCGAUGACAUUGUGGAGCCAGACAGCGGGGAGCUGCUUCCCAGGGCUGGCCCGGCUGCGAGGACAGGGGGCUUGGCAGAUCAGCCUGGAGGAGCUGGCCCUGACCUGGAAAUGGAGUUUUCCUCUGUGCCCCUCUACAGACCACACUCUGCCCCCCAGCAGAGGGGAGGCAGUACCUUCACUGUUGUGCCCAAAAGGAAGCCCGUGGCCCCGGGGCUGCAGGCCGAUGCCAGCGGAAGGCCACAGCGGGAGGAAGAUGAGGAGGAGGAGGACAGCAAAGGAAGAGGCAAAGCUGUGGAGAACGCUGAUGGGCCCCAAGUGGGGAUAUCCCAUAAAAAGCGCUACCCAACGGUGAAUGAGAUUGAAGUGAUCGGGGGGUACCUGUCUCUGGAGAGGUCCUGCAUGAGCAAGACGGGCUCGCGCCGCAAGAAGAUGAAGAUCUCUUUCAACGAGACAAGCUUGCAGACCAUGUUUGAGUACCCCUCAGAGAGCUCCUUGGCAGAAGAAGAUGAGGAAGAGGAAGGACAUGCUUCUGAAACAGAGGAGGAAAAAUCUCGCACCUUUUACAUUCCACGCCCAAACAGCACUUUGCAUCCCAGUACACCUAACUCAGCGGAUUUAUCCAGCUACACCCCAAAGCACUCCGUAAAGUUCAGCGAGUGGCAGGAGCAGAAGUAUGAGGGUCCUGCUGCAGAGGGACCCCUCCCAAAGGAAGCUGAUUCCCAUGGAAACCAAGUCAUGCUCACCCCGGCGGAGAAGGGCGGUCUCUCGGAUUUCAGCAGCGAGCCCGCGCUCUAUUUCUGAGGCUGCUCCGCAGUGCUGCAGCAGCGGCUGCUGGGCAGGAUGGGCAGUGCAGCCGCGCUGGCCACACGGGAACCGCCACCGAAACGGCCCCAAAGCGCUGCCCCCGGAUCCUGCUGCCAAGGGUGGACCAGAUGCUCUUGGCCAUCUGCAGAGAAUAUUUGCACUGGAUUUUGGGACCGAAUUACUGCUUUCAAGGCAUUGAUUGAUUCUGCCUGUGGCCUUGCAUAUUCCUUGUUCAAGAUCAGCUGCCAGUUAGGCACGUGUGGGAAGGACAUCUGUUAUCCUGGGCUGGAUGUUGUUUUUUCUUAGUGCUGAGUCCAGGCACUGUGCAGGGUCUGGACAGCUUUUGCAACCCUUCUCCCCAGUUCAGAAUGGCUCUGGAGUUGGAGCACUGGGCAGUUAGGUGGGUUCACAGCGUGGCUGUGAUUUGACAUAUUGGGUGUGAGUUUGGAAAACCAUUGAAGGUUCAUAGUUUGUCCUUGGCAUGUUUCCAGCUCUGGUUUCACUGAAACAUCGUGGAAUUCAUGUGCCAGUUACAUGCUUGUGGAGUUCACUGAGCACCCUGAAGGAGGGAUGGGAGCAGCAAUGAAUGCCUUUAGCUUUAGGUCUUAUUUUUGUACCAAUCAGUAGAGAAAUGUCCAGACUGUUUCAAGCUUCUUGAUGAUUCCCAAACAUUGGCCAUAACUUUGGUCUGUCCUUCCCAACUCUGGCAUCCAGUCUCUGGGAAUUGCUGGUUGUGCUCCACUUUGCCAGCUCCUCUUGUUGCUUUAUUCCAGAUCUGAUUGAUCUCUCUUGGUUGCUUCCUUCAAGCCCCAUUCUGCUCCUCUAAUCAAAGCACAGGAGGACAGUUUCACUCCUUUUUUCUGCAGAACUUGAACAAGGAAUGUGGGUUAUUUUUGUUUUUUCUAGCAUUUUUAUAGUUCUAUUGUAAUUGUUUAAUGCAGCCAAUAUGCAAAGGAAUCUGCUAGAAUCUUCCAUUCAAGUUUUCUACUACUGUAAACUCAGGGUCAAAAUUGCACUCUGGAACAGAUGGAGCAGUGCUGCUAAUGUGAUUUGUACUUUGGGAUUAAAAGAGAUGUGGUGAGAACAGA